UUCCAUGCGAAAGAAAAUUAAGAAUCCACGUGGCAUUAGCUUAAUAAGCAGUCCACUUCCUAUGGAUUUUGUUUUUUCAGCGCACAUCAUUCUGUUGCACAGAGAAGGAAGAAGAGAAUUAAAUUCAGGGGAGGAGGAAAAAAGAAAAGAAAAACCCAUAUAUCUAUCUGCCAUUCUUCAUCUUCACUGCAUUUUCUUAUUUGGUACUCAUAUGGUGUUCAGAAGCUAUCGUAGAAAUGGCUUCCUCGGAGUUCAUAAGAAAGCGUAGAAAGAAGAUUCAUGCACAGUUUACGGUUGAAGAAUUGGAUGCAGCAGAGACCCUGCUAACCUUGUGCCAUUGUGGAGAGAAUGCUUUUAUCAAAUGGGGUGCUAAAAGGAGAAGAUCCCAGAUUGCUGGAGGCGGUACCUCUAAAUUAUUAACUAUUAAGAGCAGCCCUUUUACUCCACUCUCACUAUCAUGGAGUGAAACGGACGAAUAUAAUGGACAAGCCAGUCCACAUCCUCCAUUAUCACUGCCACAGAGUGGAAGGGUGAGGACUGCACCCUCCAGAAGAGCUCCCAAGAAAAAGAAUCACAAUGAACUGAGGGAGUCAGUCAACACUCUAUUGUCAGAAAGGGACAGACUGAAAGAGGAGGAACAGAAGCUUUUGAAAACCUAUCAGGACUUGCGAGAUAGAAAUGAGCAUUUGAAGUAUGAGUUAGCAUUGCACCUUGAUGGAAGACAAGAGCCACAACUGAUACCCACCACAUGGCCGACAUUAACUGAUCUGGACUUGGGGCAAAAAACAAAAACAUCUCUAUCUUUUGAUGGAUCAUCGGGACUUGAUGAGCACAGCGAUUCCAAGGUUACUGCUGAUGCUUUACCUUUAGACCCAGCAUGUAACGAGGCCAAAAACAAAGGAAAGUCACUAUAUCCACAUUCUCCCGAGUGUUCAUCUGGGCCUGGAGAGGUUUAUUCAAAACCUACAAAGGAUGUUCUCCACGCAGCUAUUCCAGAUGACUCUAGUGAAGCUUUCCUCUAUGCCACUAUAGGUGGUUCUAGUAACCACAGGCUUUUCUCAAUGAACAAGACCACUUUAGCUGCUGAAGCAAGCAAGCAGGCAGUAGAGCUUAUUUGAGUCAAAUAUUGCCUUUCUCUUAAUGUUGGAUAAAGCUGAUAUCAAAGCUCCUAGCAGUUAGGUUAGUGCAUGAAGUUUUUAUCUAUCACCUACAAUUUUGUACAACCUCCUCUGAAUUCUAAUUGUUUCAGUGGACCAGAAUUUUGUUAGAUAGGGAUGUAUAUUUGAUUGUUAAGAACAGCUGCAACAUUGGCUAACUUUGUAUAAAUGGAUGGCUAUGAAUAAGAGUAGCAUGUACUGAACAACAGUAGGUUGUAGGCAGUCUCAUUUGAUGUUGGUUAAAUUACACACUAUAUUUUUCAGGAGGUUCUUUUGCUUUAUAGAAGCAAGAAAGCUUUAAAGGAUUCUUAAUAUUCGUGUGUGGGUGGCUGGAAAAGCAUGCACUAAAUCCUCAGCACUUCUGGCUGGUGGAGUUGCCCUAUAUGAGCAAUUUGAUCAAUUUGCUAUGAAUUGGAUGGAGAAUAUCUCUUUGAAGUGCAUGCUGACAAUGUUGACUGCAGAAUAUUCACUUUACAUUCCUGGAAUUACCCAUUGCUAUGUUUGAGAAAGCAUUGCCACCCAAUAUAUCAUAACUUCUCAAUAUUGAUUUUUUAGUAGCCCUGUAAUAUAAACGUGAUUGUAAGUGAUGAACGCAAAUGGUGACCAGCAAGAUAUUGUAGAAAAUUAAAAGCCGUGUUUUGAAAGUUGAGAGUUGGAGGGAAGGUUGCUUUUAGUUUUAUCAUGACAGAGUUCCCAAUGCACUGCAACCAUGAUUCCAAAGAAUAUACUUGUUUGGGUUUUAGAUAUGUUAAUUUUUGUACAAUUCUUUUUCCUCUUAUUCAUAAUUUAAUUCAUGUUUAA